AUGGCUGAUGAAUUGUUUGAUCAAGCCGAUAUUAAUAAAGAUCAACGGCUUGAUUUAAAUGAAUUUCGUCAACUUAUUGCACGAAAUUUAGGUGUCGAUUCAACAAAUUAUGGAGCAACCGCUAAUAAUGGUGGUCAAUAUACAGCCAGCUCUUAUGACUCGUCAUCAUCAGCUUUGUAUGGUAAUGGAAAUAUUGCUGGUGCUGAAUUAGUCGGAGCAGUUACCAAUGGUACAGGAGCUGCCAGUGGUGAAUCAACCUAUGGUUUAUAUGAUCAAUCAUCUUAUACAUCGGCAUCUGGUGUUAGUACUAAUGGUUUUGAUGCAACUACAUUAACAGGAGCUGGUAGUUAUGGAUUUGAUGCCAAUGCAUUGUCAGGCUCGAAUUUUGGUGGUUUUGCAUCAAGUUCAUCAUCUGGUAUCGAUUUAUCACAUGGAACUGCAGGAUUUUCUAUUCCAUCAACAUUCGAAACAAGUACUUCACAAGAACAACUUCAAUUAGCCACUAGUAAUGUUCAAGGUCUCUAUCAAGAUCCAAAUCCACACGUUAUACGUCGUCCAGCACCAGGCGGUGGUGUGACUUAUACACAAAAUAUUCGAGUUCGAUUUCUUCAACCACCACCUGUUCCAGCACCAGGCCCAUUGAUUAUUAGAGAAGUGCGAUCACCUCAACCACCACCACCACCUCCACUUCGUAUUCGUCAACAAGCUCCACCUCUUCCUCCACCACCUCCAUUGAUCUUACGUGAACGACCACCAAUUCCACCAGCUCCUAUUGCUUCUCAAACUGUUAUCCGACAAUUGGCUCCCAUUCCUGUUCCACCUCGAUCAGUCAUUAUCGAACGUUUACCAGCAGCACCACCUAAACCUCGUGAUAUAAUCAUUGAACGAUGGAUUCCAUAUGGACCACAAUCUAAACGAAAAACAAUUGUUCAACGAGCCGCAGCUGCUAGAGAAUAUCCAAGACCACGUAAUAUUAUUAUUCAAUAUGAACCUGUUCAAGUUCGUGUUAUUCGACAAUUUCAACGUCUUGGUGUUACUCAAGAAAAUCCACAAUUAUAUGUUCAACGUUAUGGAGUAUCACUUUUGGAUUCUAAUUCAUUAUUACAACAAGCACGUACUGCUGGUGUUGUUGAAGAUAUUUCUCCACCAGGUGGUUUUGUCAGUAGUGGAGCAAGUUCAACAUUAUUUAAUGCAGGAUAUGCUGGUGCAGGCUCUGGAUUUGAAACAAUUGGUGGUGAUUUUGAUGCUUCUGCAUCAUCUUUUGAAUCAGUAGGUUAUGGUAGUGGUCAACAAGGCAAUGCUAGUUUUUCAGGUUUUGAAUCAACACAAGGUGCUGGUCUUGCUCAAGAUUUUUCAUCAUCAUAUGAAACAGGUUUAGCAGCAUUGCAAAAUGAUAAUAUAGCAUUUGGUGGUGCCGGUGUAUCAGAUUAUGAAAGUUAUAAUGCUUCAUCUGGUGAUAUUCAAAUUAACAGUAUGGAUUCAGUUGCUGCUGCGUUCCAAGCUGCAGACAUUAACAAAGAUGGAACACUUGAUGUUAAUGAAUUUCGUCAAUUUCUUAGCUCUCAUCUUAGACUCUAG